UCUGACCGCGCGUAUCGAAGCUGCCGAGGUCCGAUUUCAUUAUUAGGAGAUGGAGAUGAGAUUGAGGAGCUUUGUGCCCUGCUCCGUAUUGCAGCAGCUUGCUCAAUUUAGUUGGGUUUAUCCGAGAGAUUUAUCAUCCUGAGUUUGAUCAUUGGGGGAGCUGGCAUCUUCCGGGAGUCUAGUGAUCUGUGAUCUAGCUCAUAACGCUACAACAUGGCUUCCAACGAAGAAGUUGUCACUGUCAAAUACCAGGACCGCAUUGCCAUAAUCACACUGAACAAUGCGUCGAAGCUUAAUGCCCUUACUCAAGACCAGUACUCUCUCCUGGGAGAACGCAUGCGCGAAGUCGCUGCAAGAGAUGAUAUCUUCAUCACCGUCUUGACUGGAACAGGACGAUUCUUCUCAGCUGGAGCAGAUGUGAAUGCCAGCCGUCCUGGAGCUACCCUCAGCUCUACUGAUCGUCGGGACGUUCUUCGCGGCUUCGUCGUGAACAAUAUCGACCUCACGCGUACUUUCUAUACGCACCCGAAGAUCCUCGUAGUGGCACUCAACGGUCCCGCUGUUGGACUCUCUGCUGCUCUGACUGCCUUUGGAGACUUCAUCUAUGCUGCUCCGCAUGCCUUCCUACUCACGCCAUUCUCGUCCCUCGGCCUGGUCGCUGAGGGUGGUGCUUCUCGUGCGUUUGUCGAGCGGCUCGGUAUCUCAAAGGCCAAUGAGGCCUUGAUCAUGAGCAAGCGCAUUACUUGCGACGAGCUCGUCGCAACUGGCUUCGUGAACAAGGUUCUCACCCCUCAGUCCGGGAAGAAGGACGACUCCGACGGAUUCCUGAAGCUCGUUUUGGAGGAAGUCGAGGAGCGACUGGGUGCGCAUCUGAGCCAGACCAGUCUACUGAAGAUCAAGGAAUUGAUCCGUCGGCCUGAGAGGGAGAUUCUAGAUCGUCAAAAUGGUCUCGAGGCCUUUAUGGGUAUGGAGAGGUUCCUCCAGGGUAUUCCGCAGGAGGAAUUCAAGAAGAUUGCGAGUGGACAGAAGAGACAUAAGCUAUGAUGUAGGACUUGAUCUGUCAGAUCAGUCGGGUUGUACAGUACAUAUGUUGCUGCGUCUAGCAGGGGUUUCUCGAUUGAUUGUUUAUGUCCUACCAAGGUACAUGGAGACGGACGUCGUCGGGACUAACAUAGCGGCAUCGCCAGACGGCUGGCGUAGCUUCUGACCAAUACAUCCAAUAUGAUUUCUGAAGC